AUGGAUCAACCAUUAUUUGGAGAGACCAACAAGCAAACUCAACUCAUCCAGUAUGCGAUCGGUGGAGCAAUAGCCGCAUUCACUGUUUUCUCAUUGAUCGUUGGUAUCUUGUUUGGAUUGAAGAAUAACUCAAGAGACUUCACAUUGGUCUUUGUCUUGGCGUUUAUAUUCAUAUGUACAGGCGUUCUGAUGUGGUGGUGGAGAGACAGAGAUGAUGCCAUCCACCCCAAGUUCAAGUGGCUCUUGAUCCUUCUCUUGCUCACGACACUCCUUGCUGGAAUUGCCGUCAAUGUUUAUGCCUGGGAGAAGCCACCCCUGCCCCAGCCAGAAUGCGAGGGAUUAUAUAUCACAGACAGAAGAAUGUGCAUUCCAUGGUUCAAUGGAACUGCUUGCGAGACAGGAUGCUACAACAUUGACUUUGGUAUCCCAUUGAUCACCUGUAUGAACUGUACCGUCUGUCCACCAGGCAACAACACUGCCGAGGUGGAGAUCACUGAUUAUGCACCAGACAUCUACAGCUUCCCAUUGCCAGGCUCUGGCGAGAAGCCCAAGAUUAAGUCUGCUGACCCAUAUUAA